AUGGAUAACCAGGCGGCGGGUAGUGACGCAGCAGGCAUCCCAGCAGCCGGGAACGAGGCCUUCCCGGGAGGCCAAAGCUUUGAUGCAGCCGUGCCUGGCUUUGACAACGGUGACGGUACCGGUCCUCUGUACCAUCACAGUUUCGACCUAAACUGUGAAGGAUGCAGACGACAAGCCUAUGUCAGGCUUCAGGAAGAGCAGUAUCUUGCGGCGCCCCAGCAGUGGGAGUCUAUGGAUGCAAACGCGCAGUUCUAUGAACUACGUCGGUUGACCAUGACCGAAGAAGAGUAUUUUCAGUCCUUGUCCGACUUCGAGGACGUAAAUUAUUUCAACCAGCCAUACCUCGCCCAGUUCGAGGAACAUGGAGAGCAAGGGCCCAUGUAUCAUCACCAACAGCCCUUCGCGCCUUUGCUCCCAGUUACUGAGGAGACUCAACCUGUUUUCGGGAUGCAGAACAUCCCUGAUGAGGUCAUCGAGCCUCUUCUCUUCCAGCAGAUGGCAACUGGUGAGGCCUUUGUGCCUACAACUUUUCAGCCAACGGCAUCUGAGCCCAUGACUGUGCAGCCUGGAGCCUAUGGCCCGGCCACCAUGCAGCCAACUAUGUAUGCGCCGACGUUUGUGCCUUCGGGCGUUGAGGCUCCCAGCUUUGAGCCUGCAGAAUUCAACUUCAAUACUUUGCCCCAUGGACCUGUGCAGCAGCCGAUUCAGGGCGAGCCCUGGGCCAUGACCCACGACGGCGGUCUCUUUGAGCCAACUUCUGAGGAUGGCGUCGAGCGUGAAGCAUCUGGCGAGGAACGCAAUGUGUUGUUUUCGUCUGCCGCACAGCAAAUGACUGAGGCUACCACCGGCGUGAUGAGCAUGCAGAACCCAGUUCAGUAUGAACCACUCGUUCCCGGUCAAGCUUCAGUCCGACCUCCUCGAAGACUCCUUCCCUCCAAUGGUCAGCGCGAGCCGCCUGUCCACCGCCAGCCUGAAGGCCGAGCCAGACGCUUGCCUGCCGUUCAGCUUACAUCUGAAGAGAGCUUGGAGAGGGCUGAGAAAGACCUUUUCCUUAUUGAGUCACGACGACAGAAUAUCUCUUACAAGGAUAUCAAGCGCCUUGGAAAUUUCGCAGAGGCGGAGUCGACCCUGCGUGGCAGAUACCGCACUUUGACGAAGGAGAAAAAGGAUCGAGUGAGGGAUCCCAAGUGGACGGACAUUGAUGUUGACCUCUUGAAAGAGGCUGUCCGCGUGUUGGCUCACGGCCUCCAUCCUGAUCGCGCGAAGCUCUCGUGGAUGGCGGUGUCUCGAUAUAUCACCAACCAUGGCGGAAGCUAUGAGUUUGGAUUUUCGACCUGUCACCGUCGCUGGGUGCAGCUGGAAGAAGAUGGUCAACUGGGUGAUACCGGUUACGAUGAUAGCUGGCGCGAUGAAGAUGAAGAAGCGGAGACGCUGGCCGAUCCCGAAGAGGAACGCAGUGAACUUGAAGAGGACGAAGAGGACGAGGACAGUCUCAUGGUCGACGAGGACGACCAAGAGAGUGAGGAGGAGGAGAAAGAGGACGUGGUGGAAGAAAACGAGAAUGAAAGUUCGAGCGACAACGACGACGAGGAUGCGGGCGUUCCGAUCAAGACGGAAGUCAAGACGGAAGAAUGA